AAAAAUGAUUGAUAGAUGGAUGUAUGCUGCGACCUGGAAUCUGGGUUUCGGAUUUCGCUGUAGAACGAAUUAACACAAGAAUUUUCCCUUAUUUUUUUGUCUUUUCUCUUUCGUUUCAUUGAUAAAACUGAGUGUGUAUUUGUUCUGUUGUGGUUUAGUUGACUAAUGGAUUCUCAGACCAACACUGAGGACUGCCUUGCGUGGGACGCCACAGAUCCAUCUGGAGUUUUAUCACCAUACAAAUUCAGUCGCAGGCCUCUCCGAAGUGACGAUGUCUCCAUUAAAAUUACUCACUGUGGAAUCUGCUACGCUGAUGUUAUUUGGUCGAGGAAUAUUCUUGGAGAUUCAAAGUAUCCUGUGGUGCCAGGGCAUGAGAUUGAUGGUAUUAUGAAGGAGAUCGGUUCCAAUGUUCAACGCUUCAAGGUCGGUGAUCACGUUGGAGGGGGAACUUAUGUCAACUCAUGCAGAGAUUGUGAGUAUUGUAAUGUUGGCUUCGAAGUUCAGUGUGAAAAACUGAAGGUUCCCACGUUUAAUGGUAUUGAUGUGGAUGGAACGGUCACAAAAGGUGGAUAUUCUAGCUUUGUUGUUGUCCAUGAAAGGUAUUGCUUCAAAAUACCAAACAACUAUCCUUUGGCUUCAACAGCACCUCUGCUUUGUGCUGGAAUCACUGUUUAUACACCAAUGAUGCGCCAUAGCAUGAACCGACCUGGAAAAUCUUUAGGAGUGAUUGGGCUUGGCGGUCUUGGUCACAUGAACCAGAAGCUUAUCAUCAAACACAGCCGACUAAAGAAACUCAGCUUGUGGGGUUGUUCUGGAUUAGAUGCUUUAUGUUUGAAUUGUAAGGGUUUGGUAAAGUCAGAAAGGAUGCUUGCUGAAUUGAUGCAAUGA